GCGUCAUGUCCGAGCUCCCCCGGAUUAUCAACCAACAUGGAACUUUCUUUCCGUUGCGCCAAGAUACAUGAACCCAGCAUUCUUUCCAUACGAUAUCUAAAGACGCGCCUGACUCCAACUUUGCUCCCGACUUUUUCUUUAUACAGAAAACCAUGACAGACGCGCCGGUCGUGAAAUUCAAGAAGCGAGGCGCAAAAGCCGCUCCCCGCAAGGUCGCACCGCCACCGCCGCGCUCAGAUUCAGACGACUUCUCCUCGGGAUCAGAAGCAGAAGGCGAAGACGGUCGCGUGGUAAAACGUCGCAAGAUCAACAGCAACGCACUGAAGGCAUCGACUGCCGACCAGAAACCUAGCACAGCAGCUCUGGAGGGCACAACACAGUACGAAGCGAACCGCUCCACGACAAUAGAAGCCAGCAACGAUGCCACCAAGCAAUCAAACUGGUUCGAAGGCGACGACGAACUGAACUCGAAGAAUCUCCUUGGCACCACACGUGCGAAACUCAACACGUUCAUCGAGAAGAAUCCCGAUGCCCCCACACGAAAAGUUGGGCCCCAAAAAUCCUCAUCCAACGUCCGCACAAUCACAGUCACCGACUACACGCCCGAUGUCUGCAAAGACUACAAACAAACAGGCUUCUGUGGCUUCGGCGACAAUUGCAAGUUCCUGCACGCUCGAGAAGACUACGCUGCAGGCUGGAAGCUCGAUCGCGAAUGGGAAAUGUCGACAAAAGGCAAGAAGCCAGGCGGCACAAUCGUCGCAUCAGCUAAUCGCGACGAGACGGAGAAGGACGAAGACGGUGUGGAUUUGGCGCUGCUGGAGAAGAUACCGUUUGCGUGCAUCAUUUGCAAGAAGCCUUACAAGAGUCCGAUUGUGACAAAGUGCGGGCAUUACUUUUGCGAAGGGUGCGCGCUGAAGCGGUAUAGGAAGGAUCCGACGUGUGCGGCGUGUAACGCGAAGACAUAUGGCGUGUUCAAUGGGGCGAAGAAUCUGCAGAGAUUGUUGGAGAAGAAGCAGAAGUGGGAAGACAAGAAGAAGGCUGAGGCUGAGGCGGCGGAGAAGGAAAAUGAGGAUUCAUAGCAGGUGCCUCAGUCAUGGAAGGAGCUCAGAGUUGUUCUCAAUCAAAUUAUGUGAUACCCACCAAUUUAUUGAUUUUAC